UUGCAUUGUGUUACUCCAAGUAACAGUGUUUAGUUCACCGAUACAUAUGCGAAUCGCAUCUCUAUAUCCUCCUCCUCCUCCCUCAUCUUCUUCUCUUCUUCCCAUUCCACUUCAAACUCACCUCACCUCUCAAAUGGCCUCAAUCCCCGUUCCCUGUAGGCCAAACCUUCAUCUUCCACCCUCUCAACCCCUCUUUCACUCUCGCUCUCGCGCUCCGUCCCCUGCUUCCUUUCCAACCUCAAGCCUUCAAAGGGGCACCGACGGUGGUGCCGUUUCGAGUUUGUCAUGGCAGCUCCGUCGGAGGAACGGGUUCUGCCGUGGGAGACAACAAGGGAAGCCGUGGUUGUUGUCGUUUCGGGUUGAUGAUGGAAAUGCUGUUGGUGAAGAGGAAGAACGGGAUUUGUCUCAGACUCUCUCUGCAUUGCUUCCGUUCGUUGUUGCUGCCACUGCUGUUGCUGCUCUUGCUCAACCUUCCACUUUUACUUGGGUAUCCAAAGAUUUAUAUGCCCCUGCUCUUGGUGGGAUUAUGUUGUCUAUUGGAAUAAGACUAUCCAUAGAUGAUUUCGCUCUUGCAUUUAAAAGGCCUUUACCACUGUCCAUCGGGUUUAUUGCACAGUAUGUGCUGAAACCUGCUCUUGGGGUCUUGAUUGGGAAGGUGUUUGGUUUAUCUAGAAUGUUUUAUGCAGGCUUUGUCCUCACAGCUUGUGUUUCAGGAGCCCAGCUAUCCAGCUAUGCAAACUUUAUAAGCAAAGGGGAUGUAGCCUUAGGCAUCCUUCUUACAAGCUAUACCACUAUUGCAUCAGUUAUUUUUACACCUCUUUUAACUGGUCUUCUGAUUUCAUCCGUUGUUCCGAUUGAUGCAGUUGCCAUGUCAAAGUCAAUACUACAGGUUGUUCUUGCUCCAGUGACUCUUGGUCUUCUUCUCAAUACAUAUGCAAAGCCAGUUGUGUCUGUUCUUCAACCUGUGAUGCCAUUCGUUGCUAUGAUUUGUACGUCACUGUGCAUUGGAAGCCCUCUUUCUAUAAACCGAAGUCACAUUUUGUCAGGCGAAGGUCUCCGAUUGGUUUUUCCAGUAUUACUAUUUCAUGCUGCUGCCUUCACUUUAGGAUAUUGGUUCUCAAACAUUCCAUACUUGAGGCAGGAAGAACAGGUGAGCAGGACAAUUUCAUUAUGCACAGGGAUGCAGAGCUCCACGCUUGCAGGCCUACUUGCAACCCAAUUUUUGGGAAGUACUCAAGCAGUUCCUGCGGCAUGUUCUGUGGUUGCCAUGGCUAUAAUGGGUCUCUGUCUUGCCUCUUUUUGGGGAGGGGGUUAUGUAAUUCGGGAUGUGUUGUCAUUUUGUCCACUCAGAACCAAUUCUGCUGUUAAGGCUUAGCUUUUUGUUUCUGGUGCUGUCAUUGAGGCUUAUUUGUUACCCUUGGUUGGGGGGUAGGAGCAUGAUAAAUUUAGUCAAGUGGUUCUAACUAUACGUAAAAUUCAAGGGUAUAGGGUUAGGCACAUGUGAACCAGCAAGAAAGAGGUAUCGCUACUAACCCGAAAUGCUCAUGACCAGAUAAAUAUUUACAUUGUAAGGCAGGUAUAGAUUCACAAAUACCUUUUGUUUAGCUGUGAACUAACACACCUUUUGUACAUAGACAUAGACUCAGUGUAUAUUAUAAAUCUAUAAAUUAUUUGGCAGUUAAUAGA